AUGGGGACAGAUGUCACUGAAAUUACGGAGACACUGCCAUCUCCACAUGCCAUAAAGGUACAUCAUCUAAUGUGUACAGAAUUAAUAACAUUGGUUGGAAGAGUCUCCAAGAUAUUUCCAGAGAUAGAAGAUGCCCGGCCUAGAUGCUCCUCGGGAAUACAGGUGCUUUGCUUGUUACAAAGUGCAAUCAGGAAAGCCAUGCAACUGCUUCAGUACUGCAGCGAGUCUAGUAAACUCUACUUGGCACUAACAGGUGAUGUGAUACUGUCAAGAUGUAAAAAGUCCAGAAACUUAUUGGAGCAUAGUUUAAGCCAGAUUCAAAAUAAUGUUCCAGUAAUGUUGGCUGCGGAGAUCUCUAAGUUAAUUUCUGAUCUUAGGGGCGCAACCUUUAACUUGGACGCACACGAAGAAGAGGCUGGGAAAGUUUUGCGAGCACUACUCCAGCAAUAUGCAUCUGCAAAUGAUUCAAUAGAAGAAUCUGCUAUAGAGUAUAUCAAAUUUGCUUCUGUCAAGCUUCAUAUUACAUCCCAAAAGGCUCUGUUGAUAGAGAAACGAUCUAUUAGAAAGCUGCUCGAUAAAGUUGGAGCUGGUGAGCAAGCAAAGAAGCAGAUAUUGUUAUUCUUUUUUAAUCUAUUAAAGAAGUACGGAAAAUUAAUCGUGAGAGAGCAAACAGAGAAUGCUCGUGUGCAGCAUGAAGAUUCUUUUUCAAUUGCAAGCUCUUGUGACCAAUCUAUUCAUAUGGAAUCUCGUCUAACACAUAUCACGGAUGAGGCACAAACUGACAUGUUGAGGAGUCCCGUGCCCCCAGAAGAAUUCAAGUGCCCAAUAUCAUUCAGGUUGAUGUAUGAUCCUGUUGUCAUUGCUUCUGGGCAAACAUUUGAAAGGUUUUGGAUAAAGAAGUGGUUCAAUGAAGGUCAUGAUACAUGUCCAAAGACUCAAAGGAAGCUUGCCAACUUGUCAGUGACCCCAAAUACUGCCAUGAAGGACUUAAUUUCAAAGUGGUGUAUGGUGCAUGGAAUCUCCAUUUCUGACCCAUAUAUGCUGCCAGCAUCAGUUCAAUCCUGGGAGACAUCUUCCACUUCCAUUGCUAGCUUGAGCAGUUCUAUAGAUGAUCUUUGUCUUCCUGUAGAUCUUAGCAAUAUAUCUCUUGGAUCUUUGGAUACCAGUCACAGCACAGACUCCUCACGUGUUAGGAUUGCAGACGGUAUAAGUUUUAUUUCAGCAACGACAGAUGAUGGUGCACACAGGUUUCAAUCUGGUGAAAAUACACUUGAAACGCAUAUGGAAAUAAUGUUUGACCUUGAUGUACUUCCCUGGGAAUCUCAAUGCAAGGUGGUUGAAGAUGUCGAAAGCAAUUUGAAGCAUGAUGAUCAAGCUUGCAAUGUGAUGCUAUCUGAGAGUUCAUUCAAAAAACUUCUUAGAUUUUUGAAGGAAGCAUAUGACAAGCAUGAUUUAAAAGCUCAGAGAAGUGGGUGCCUGUUGCUGUUAGCUUUUCUAAGUAAGUGCAGAAGCAGGAUGCAAUACUUAGAUGAAGAUGCAUAUGGACUAUUAGCAUCAUUUCUUGAUUUAGAAGUAACUGAAGAAGCUCUUGCCAUAAUUGAGGUAGUGUCCCAACAUCAGAACUGUCGAUCAAAAAUUGCAGCUUCCGGUGUGCUCGCUUGCAUUCUAAAGAUCUUUGACUCUCAGAUGAGAAAAUUCCAGGAAGCAGCCAUUAAAAUACUGUACAAUAUGACCUUAAACAGUGAAAUACAUGCCCUCAUUGUAUCGUUGGAGGUUAUCCCUAAACUGGUUCCUUUUUUAGAAGAUGUUACUCUUGCAAGAUAUAGCAUAGCAAUCUUGGAAAAUUUGUGUGAUAACGAAGAUGCUAGGGUAGCUGUUGCUGAAACUGAUGGAUGCCUUGCUUCCAUUGCUAAACUACUUGAAAUUGACAGCCACGAGGACCAAGAGCAUGCAGUUGGUGUUCUCCUUUCCUUAUGCUCACAACGUGAUCAGUAUUGUCAGUUGAUCAUGGAUGAAGGUGUUAUCCCUGCCCUCGUCAGUAUAUCCAUCAAUGGGAAUGACAAAGGGCAGAUGAGCGCCUUGGAAUUGCUCCGACUCUUGAGAGACAUUGAAUAUAAGGAUGUGCAGGAACGCCCGGAAUCUGAUCUUGAUUUCCCUAGAGACUCUUGCGACCAACCUAAACAGGACAAAAAAUCUUCCAAGGCUUCUCGAUUUUUGGGGAAAAUAUCAAAGUUCUCAAUGCCCAGUUCUUUGGCCCCAAAAAAGAAAAAGUAGGCUCAAAGGUAUCAUUUGGGACCCUGUGGUGUCUUCUAGUUCUCAUCUUCCGUACAUAGCAUGUACCAUGCCUUGGUAAGACUUUCUCCUAACCAAAAGGCCUUCUAUGUUAUUUUAUUCGUCAGGCAUUUUGCAGGCUUGUGGAUGAUAAGAAUGUACAGUUUUACAUAGUUUGCUAAAUAGAUAUUCUGCAUUGAUUUUUUC